AUGGAGUCGCGGCUAUGCCUCAUCAUCUGGUGCGUAAUUUUCCUCGACCGAUCACUGCCCGUCGGCGCGCGAUUAUUGACCCGAAAUACAGAGGAGAAGGACCUGGUAAUCAUCGGUGGCGGUGUUGCCGGCUAUGUCGCUGCCAUCAAGGCCGGACAGGAGGGCAUGAGCGUCGCUUGUAUCGAGAAGCGCGGCACCCUCGGCGGAACCUGCCUGAACGUGGGCUGCAUUCCUUCGAAAUCGCUCCUCAACAACUCCCACCUGUACCACACGAUCCUCCACGACACCAAGAACCGCGGCAUCGAAGUCGGCGAUGUGAAGUUGAACCUGGCCAACUUCAUGAAGGCAAAGGACUCGUCGGUCACCGGCCUGACCAAGGGUGUCGAGUUCCUGCUCAAGAAGAACGGAGCCGAGUACAUCAAGGGCGCUGGCUCCUUUGUCAACGAGAACGAGAUCAGAGUGGCUUUGAACGAUGGCGGCGAGACUACCAUCAAGGGCAAGAACUUCCUCAUCGCCACCGGCUCCGAGGCUACUCCCUUCCCUGGUCUCGAGAUUGACGAGAAGCGCGUUAUCACCAGCACUGGCGCCAUCGCGCUGGAGAAGGUUCCCGAGUCCAUGCUUGUCAUCGGUGGUGGUAUCAUCGGUCUUGAGAUGGCCUCCGUCUGGUCGCGACUAGGCACCAAGGUCACCGUGGUUGAGUUCUUGGGCCAGAUUGGCGGUCCUGGCAUGGACACCGAGAUUGCCAAGGCCACCCAGAAGCUCUUUAAGAAGCAGGGUCUCGAGUUCAAGCUUAACACAAAGGUUUUGAGCGGCGACACCUCGGGCGACAAGGUCAAGCUGAAUGUUGAUGCCACCAAGGGUGGCAAGGAGGAGACACUGGAGGCUGAGGUUGUCCUCACUGCCAUUGGCCGCCGUCCUUACACCGCCGGCCUCGGCCUGGAGAACAUCGGUCUGGAACUUGACGAGCGCGGCCGUGUCAUCAUCGAUUCCGAGUACCGCACCAAGAUCCCCCAUAUUCGCUGCGUCGGCGACGCCACAUUCGGUCCCAUGCUAGCCCACAAGGCAGAGGAAGAGGCUGUUGCCGUCGUGGAAUACAUCAAGAAGGGCUACGGCCACGUCAACUAUGGCUGCAUUCCCUCCGUCAUGUACACCUACCCUGAGGUCGCCUGGGUCGGUCAGUCCGAGCAGGACCUCAAGAGCCAGAACAUCCCUUACAAUGUCGGCACCUUCCCCUUCAGCGCCAACUCCAGGGCCAAGACCAACCUCGACACCGAUGGCAUGGUCAAGAUGCUGGCUGAUCCCGAGACUGACCGUCUUCUCGGCAUCCAUAUCAUUGGCCCCAACGCAGGCGAGAUGAUUGCCGAGGGUACACUCGCCAUGGAGUAUGGCGCCUCCAGCGAGGACAUUGCGCGCACGUGCCACGCCCACCCUACCCUGGCGGAGGCCUUCAAGGAGGCUGCCAUGGCCACACACUCCAAGGCCAUCCACUUCUAA